UGACGUUAACGGAUUGGGAACGGCUCUUAUCGCAGUAUUCUCGUCGGCCAUUGAUAAAAUUUUUGAUAAUUUGCUCGUCCGAAAGGCGUUUUGAGUCGAUAAGAGACACAACACCUUUUAUAUGCGCUCGAGUAUCAUUUAUUGUACGUCAGUUUGAAAAUUGCCAUCAUAUAAGUCGGAACUCUUUGAGCAAGCGAUAAAAAGAUGAAUUUUACGUGGGUACCAUCGUCACAGUAUCAGGGUGUUCCCGGAAAUGCCGUAAUUGCGGGAAAUGAUCAAGAUGGAUCUCCCAUUUAUGUUGGGCGGGCACGUCAUGCUGGCGAUUUAGUUGUUGCCAAAGUUCUGCCAUCGAAACAAGCUGCUUACGUUGCUUACAAUGGACAAGAGAUUUUUGUGCCAAAUUUCGAAGUUCUCGUUGGCGAUGGAUUUCAAUGGGUUGGAAGCGGAAACGGGCAUACGCCUGACAAUGCUGUAAUUGCGGGACACACAAUCAACGGAGAACCUUUGUACGUGGGUCGAGCUCAUCACGAAGGCAGUUUGACACCCGGAAAAAUCCACAAAUCGCAUGGAUGUUUGUACAUUCCCUUUGGAGGCGUUGAACAUAGCAUUCGCUCGUACGAAGUUCUCGUUGCUCAACCACGAGCUCAAUGGAGACAUUCGACGCCGCAAAAUUGCUAUCAUCAACACACGAUUUUGGGCGGGCAUGACAGCGAUGGAUCCCAAAUUUUCGUUGGAAGAGCUUUUCAUGAGGGAGAUUUGAUUCCCGCUAAAGUCAUUCCUUCCAAACAAGUUGCUUACGUGUCGUAUAACGGAUCAGAAAUCGCCAAAUAUGACUUUGAGAUGUUAUGCGGAACAAAUACGGCUUGGGUACCAAGCAGUUAUGGAAAUAUCCCUCAUAAUGCGGUUAAAGGAGGACAUACUUCUUCCGGCGAAACACUUUACGUUGGCAGAGCUGAUUGGAAUGGCUCGAAAACUGUCGGAAAGAUUCAUCCAAGUCAUCAUGCACUCUACAUCCCAUACGGAGGAUCCGAAAUUCCCAUCAAGCAAAAUUACGAGAUCUUGAUUGAAUAUUAAAAAGCAAUUUCGGAAAUGGCGAGAAAAAGAAUAGAGGAGAGAAAGAAAUAAAAAUUUGAUACCCAUUAAAAAGCCACUGAACGACGAAAAAAUUUCAAUUCCAUUAACAUAAAGUUUACGAGCACAGUUUGUAUUAUGUUCGUGCGCUUUAAAAACUGUUUUUAAUACACUUGCUUUGUUGUCGUUACAAUGUCAAGUCCUUUGUUCAUCAAAUGCAAAGAGCGCUUUUUACCUUUUUCGUAAAGCAUAUCAUAAAAGUUAAAU